AUGCAUCAGAUUUACAGCUGCAGUGAUGAGAAUAUAGAAGUUUUCACCACCGUGAUUCCUUCCAAAGUAUCCAGUCCAGCCAGACGACGAGUCAAAAGUUCUCAACACCUCUUGGUCAAGAAUGUGGUGAUUGAGUCAGACCUCUACACCCCUCGACCCCUGGAGCUGCUGCCACAUCGCAGUGACCACUUCCAUAGCCGUGACAGUGAGACCUGCAGGUUCGGCCGGCUCCAGAAUGCCCGGCAGCAGAGACCCCAUCAGGCCAAAGCCCCCGCCAGACCUGUUCGGCUUUCUGAUCCUAAAUCAUCCAAUCUGUGUGGGAACCGAGCAUAUGGAAAACCUUUGAUUCCUCUGGUUCCACGGAUUUCAGUGAAAGCCCCAGCGGCUGUGGAGGUGUCAGCCACAGACUCUGGGAAAGGCACUGUUACAACAAAGGACUCCAGACACCUCAAGAAGAUGACUGAAGAGUACCCAGCCCUUCCCCAAGGAGCCGAAGCCUCCCUACCGCUGACAGGAAGUGCUUCCUGUGGUGUCUCCAGCAUCCUCCGGAAAAUGUGGAUGAGGCACAAGAAGAAAUCAGAAUACGUGGGAGCCACCAACAGUGCCUUUGAGGCCGACUAA